GCGCGGGUGAAGCCGGAAGCAGCAGCCAGGAGGGCGGGCCGCGUAGGGCCCACUGGCCAGCGAGGGCGCCGCGCGGAGGCGCGGGGCGUGUCUCAUGUCAAAAGCCAUGCUUGGCAGGUCUGGGUACCGGGCGCUGCCCCUGGGGGAUUUUGACCGCUUCCAGCAGUCGAGCUUCGGCUUUCUGGGCUCGCAGAAGGGCUGCUUGUCCCCGGAGCGGGGCGGCGUGGGGACGGGGGCCGGCUAAGGCAUCAUCUUCAUAAGGACUCCUGGAAAGCACACUUCUGGGGCUGAUGGUAUAGGAGGAAUGUGUUCUGCCAGCAGUAUUCAGUGCAUGUUUACAGAUGCUCAGGUGCUCCUGGCUCCAUGCCAGGUAUGGAUGCACCCCAGAGCUGGCCCUCCUGCCUCUGUCAUGGCCUCAUCAGUUUCCUGGGGUUCUUGCUGCUGUUGGUCACCUUCCCCAUUUCCGGCUGGUUUGCCCUGAAGAUUGUGCCCACCUACGAGCGGAUGAUCGUGUUCCGCCUGGGCCGGAUCCGCACCCCCCAGGGACCUGGCAUGGUUCUGCUCUUGCCCUUCAUUGACUCCUUUCAGAGGGUGGAUCUGAGGACACGAGCCUUCAACGUCCCUCCCUGCAAGCUGGCCUCUAAGGAUGGGGCUGUGCUGUCCGUGGGAGCCGAUGUCCAGUUUCACAUCUGGGACCCGGUGCUCUCGGUGAUGACUGUGAAAGACCUGAACACAGCCACACGCAUGACAGCCCAGAACGCCAUGACCAAGGCCCUGCUCAAGAGGCCGUUGCGGGAGAUCCAGAUGGAGAAGCUCAAGAUCAGCGACCAGCUUCUGCUGGAUAUCAACGAAGUGACCAGGGCCUGGGGGCUGGAGGUAGACCGCGUGGAGCUGGCGGUGGAGGCUGUGCUCCAGCUGCCCCAGGACAGCCCAGCUGGGCCCAACCUGGACAGCACCCUCCAGCAGCUGGCCCUGCACUUCCUGGGAGGAAGCAUGAACUCAGUGGCAGGAGGUGCCCCGUCCCCAGGGCCAGCAGACACCGUGGAGAUGGUGAGUGAAGUUGAGCCACCUGCCCCUCAAGUUGGUGCCAGGUCCAGUCCGAAGCAGCCUCUGGUGGAGGGGCUACUGACUGCUCUACAGCCCUUCCUGUCUGAGGCCCUGGUCAGCCAAGUCGGGGCCUGCUACCAGUUCAAUGUCGUCCUGCCCAGCGGCACCCAGAGCGCCUACUUCCUGGACCUCACUACAGGACGAGGAAGAGUGGGACACGGGGUGCCUGAUGGCAUCCCUGAUGUGGUGGUGGAGAUGGCCGAGGCAGACCUGCGGGCCCUGCUGUGCAGAGAGCUGCGGCCCCUGGGGGCCUACAUGAGCGGACGGCUGAAGGUGAAGGGCGACCUGGCUAUGGCCAUGAAGCUGGAGGCUGUCCUCAGGGCCCUGAAGUAGCAGCCUUAGCUGACUUCCCAGGGCCCAGUCCCGAGCCUGGCACCAAGCCCGAGGGGCCUCUUGGAAGAGGAGGUGUUCAUCUGCACCAUGGAGAGUUGAGGCCCUAACAAGUUUCAGGCCCAGCCAAGAGCCCAUGGAUGGAGGCUGGGGGAGGCUGUCUGGCUGCCAUGCACAUCUCCCCUACAGUGGUUCUCUGGACAAGCCUUUGUCCAUCCCGGUCCCCAGCUGAGUGCCCAGCGCUGAGCUGGGUGCACAGUGUGAUUCCAGGAGGAGAGCCAGGCCUGCCCUGCCCUGCCCUGCUGGCUUCCUGACUGGAGAGACAGGACCCACAGAAACAGCCUGACAGCAGCUGGUUUGGUCCUUGUGUGAGGGACCAAGCAUGUGGCCCAGGCUCUAAGCUCUGCGGGGAUUGGAGAGGGAUGGGGAGGGAAGGGAAGGCAGCCUCCAAGAAGAGGUCCCUGUGGCGAAGUUACGUGGGGAUCCUGGCUGGCCCGCCUUCCUGGCUGCAAUCCAGGCCCGUGCUAGCAGGAUUGGGCAUGGGAAGGAGCAGGGCCUGCUGCUUCCCUGGCGCUGCUCCCAAAGAUGUCUGACUCAUCUGCCAGCUCCGUCCUGCAUGCCUGGCGAGCUGGGGCCCAGGGCAGCAUGAAGGAGAGCCCUGCGUUCUGUGCUUCUUACCAGAGGUUUGCAAGCCUCAGACAAAUAAAUGUGGUGUUUACAAUGUAUAAAA